AUGAAAAAACUAUGUGCCAAGAGAUGGGAUCACAAAUGUCCAAUCAUUUUCCAUAACACUCUUUCCGAGCCCAUUCAAAUGAUCUGGAUUGAUUAUGAGGGAAAUGAACAACCGUUUACAGUUUUAAAUUCUGGCGGGAAAUGUUGUCAGCAAGCCGGUGCUACUCAUCCUUUCAUAAUGAGAAGAAUGAAUGAUGAGAAGAGGAAGGUUGUAUCGAUUUUUGUUCCGACAGAAGAGACUGUUGAUUAUUUUGAGGUUGUUCCUGGAAUGUUUAUGUAUGAUGAGGAGAGGGAUGGGAAAAUGGUUGAUGAAGAUGAUGAAGAAAUUGUGGUGGGUGAUCAAGUGGAGGAGAUAGAGGAAGAAAUAAUUGAGGACCAAUCAAAACACGUAACAAUUUGCAAGAUGACAAAAGCUCGUGAGGAGGAUUGGAAAUUAAUUAGGUCAAGAUUUGAUGGACAUGAACUUGUGGAUAUUAGCAUUAGAAAUGAUACAUCUAGGAAAUAUAAUGUAUUUAGGGUAGACGAGGAAGGAAAUCAAACUUCUCACGGAUAUUCAGCCCCAAUCUCAACUUUCUGGGCUACAUUUGCAUAUCCAGGAAACGUAUUUUUAUUGAAGAACGAAUGUGGUUCAGUUGAGUUUGUCUUGAAAGUUUCAGAUAAGUCCACCGUGUAUAUUAUUGAAUCUAACUAUCUGGAGUCAACAGCAUGUAUUGAUGAUGAUAAACAGUCUAGUUGCAGAAAUAUCCUAUUGAAGAAUGAAGAUAAGAGAAUCGGUCCUCGUAAAAUGGGGUUCAAUUCUCCUGAAAUUGUUCAAGAUAUUGUUAAUGAGCUAAAAAGGAGGAAUUCGAAAUUUAUAGAUGAAGACUUUCCUCCAAGGAGUGAUUGUGUUAGAGCUCAAAAUUUAUUCAAAAGACCUGCUAUUUUCAAGAAUAUUUCUGUCAUGGAUCCAAUUCAAGGAAAAUUAGAAGAUUGCUUUUUAAUAUCUAGUAUUAGUGGGGCUGCAUUAAGAACUAGAUUAUUGAGGAAAGUAUUCACUCAUUGUGAGGCCAUAGAUCCAAAGCUAGGUCUUUAUGCUUUGACAUUCUAUUUAGAGCCAAAUAAUGAGAAAAUGACUCUUCUAUUGGAUGAUUAUUUGCCUGCUGAAAAUGGACAUUUAAAGUUUGCUCAUUCUCAAGAUAGAGGAGAGUUGUGGAUUUCUCUUAUUGAAAAAGGCAUUGCAAAAUUGGUUGGAGAUUAUGACAAGAUUAACCCUCAAACGAAUUCUCAUCUAUUCUAUCCCUCUAAUAUUCUUUCAUUGCUCCUUGGUGGGAGAUCAAAACAAUUAGAUUGGUUCUCUGGUCAAAGUACAACAGCAACUGAUAUGAUGAAGAAGGGAACUUUCUGGCCUCUCAUUGAAAAACUAAUGGACAGCUCAUUAAGCGUUCCGGUUUGUGGAACCAAACCAGGUAAAGAAGGAUCUGAUUCGAUCAAUUCUAAUGGCCUUGUAAAUGCUCACGGUUAUUCGCUUCUUAGCUAUAGAAAAUUCCCAGAACAUGAUUUGAAAUUGGUCAACCUGAGAAAUACAUGGGGAAGAAUUGAGUACAAUGGACCAUGGUCAGAUAAUAGUCCAGAGUGGGAUCAAUAUCCAGAUGUUAAAAAAGCACUUGAAUAUCGAAAUGCAGAUGACGGAUGUUUCUAUAUGACCUAUGAAGCAUUUGAGAAUUGUUUCGGAAUUGUUUGGUGGAACGAUUAA